AUGACUGGUCAAUAUCAGGUGGAGGAAUCCACUCGAGAUGGGUCAUUUCAUCUGGUUGAUCGACAAGGACAAGGACAAAAGGGAAUGCCAGGAUGGAGAGGUGGUGUCAAAUUGCAACGAGGAGCAGAUGAUUGUAUCACUCAAACAUUGUAUGGUACGACGACUUCAUUGGUUCAAACGACUCUGACAACUUCGGUUGAGACCGUGGUGAAUCCAACUCCUACAUUGGUGACUAGUACCACCUCGACAUGCGUGUCGGAUCCAGGGGGAGCGAAUUUUUUAGCUUCUGAUAUACCAACAAGCUCAUCAUCAUCUACGCCCACAAGUAGUGAAAGUAUGAGUUCAACGACAGGAAUGACGAUGACAAGAGGAAAAGCUCUGUUUCAAGCCAUAUCGUCCAGUGCGUCUUCUUCCACGACUACGACUACGACCAGUACUUCGUCUUCUACAAGUUCAACGAGUACGCAGUCAAAAACGAUGGUCGCUCCGGCACCCGUAGCAGAUGCUUUGAAACCUAGCUCAGUGUCUUCUUCUUCCUCUCCUACCUCUACUGUCACUCCUAGCACUUUAUCUUCCUCUACUUCCACCUCGAAUUCUCUCACUGCCUCUUCCUCUUCCAGGGCGACAAAGACAUUCAGUUCCGUGGACGAUGUGGACGCUAUUAGACCAGCAUCUUCUUCGACCUCCUCUUUGUCUUCCUCUUCAGCGGAACAGGCUCCCACCUCUGUCGAUGCCAGACCCGUGAGAGUUGAAGUCCCACAACAUUCAAGCUCUUCAUUACAAACCACCCUAUCCAACCCCUCUACUCAUACAUCCUCUCGACCAAGUCGUCCCUCUCUCGAUUCCUCUUCCGCUGAAACCCACACGUCGAGUGAUCAUGAAGUGACUUCCACUUCGUCCGACGCACUUCGCACGCAUACUUCGUCUACUCCUCAACUUCCCUCCACAGUUCCCGCAUCUAACGGCAAUACCACCCACGUCGUGAAACACGGAAGAGGGUGGUUACCCCAUCAAGACAAACAGGGAUUAUAUGUCCGAGCAUGGCCUUCUCAUAAAGAUGAUGAUAAAGAUAGAGAAUCUAAUGAUGUGUCCGACGAUCAAGGACAAUGUUCAUGGUCCACAUACGUCGUUACGAGUACUUCUACCCCUCCUCCGAGCUCCACAUGGGUUCAAACUACCAUUGUCACUUCUGUUCCUACUCAGGUGACAUUUUCCACAGGGACUACUGUUAAAUGUCAAGCUACUCCUGCUGUUCAAGCUUCAUCAUCCUCGAUGACACCCUCGACUUUGUUAACUUCAACCACCACAACGACCGCUAGUCAGACCAGUAGUUCCAGUCGACCUACAGAGACACACAUCACAGACAUCGUCCUUCCUUCGACAUCUUCCUCGUUGACUACAAGUCAAAGUAAGUCAAAGAUACAAAUUGGGAAUGAUGCAGAGACGAACAUCCCAACAUCAUCACCAACCGACCAAAUUACUUCCACUUCUUCUUCUUCAUCCUCCACUUCCUUACAAACAAGCACAUCGACCACUUCAACAUCCUCCAUAUCCUCUUCUCAAACAUUCUCUACCGGACCAAAUUUACCCAUGACACUCCCUUCUUCAGGAACACACCUAGCUGCCACUUCUCCCACCUCAAAAACAGCAUCGACAACUUCUUCUCCAGGGAUCACCAUCUCUCGUAAAAGGGUGAAGAGGACAGCUGCGUUGAGGAGUAGUUGGUUUUAUGGUGGUGAUGUUGCUAUCCCUUCACCUGUGGAUAGUCUGAUCGUCUGGUUUAUCGGGACAAAGAGAUAUGGAGGUUACAGGACAGAGUUGACAAGACAGGAAGAAUCUUCUCAUCAUUCCCCACCUAUACAAUCCCGUUUCUCAGCACCAUCCAUCCGCGCGUCAUUCCGACAAUCACGAGUUCGUUUAUCAAGAGUAGCACCGUUCCUAUCACAUCCCAUUUCUCAUAUCCGUAACAAUUCAAGCGGACGGUUCCCACUUCCAGCAUUUCCAUUUUUAGCUAAACCUCCAAAACCUGUUCCACAAUGGGCGGAGAAAUACACACCUACAUCUCGUCGAGAAGAUUUCCAAACUAAUUCUCUUCAAACAAGUUCUAUUUCUUCACCUGGACCAUUACAUUCUUCUCCUCAAAAUUACAUCCUUUCAGUUGAUCCACCAUUAAAUUUAGAAGAUCCCACUUCCAACAAAACGUAUGAUCACAUGUCAGGAGUAAAUGGUUUGACUUCCAGACAAGAAAACGGGAUGAAUUACGGAUCAAGAGGAAGACAUGAUCAAAAUAAUGAUAGUGUCAAAGGGAUACUUAAAGGGAAAGUGGAUAAUGAAAAUGAUAAAACUUUACAAUCAUUUCCACUUCCACCACCACUUUCCAUUCAAGCUUUCAGACAUAAUUCAACUCCAUCAGAAUCAUCAAGAGAAAUAUUAUCUGGACAUUGGACAAAUACGGAUUCACCAAUUUCUCCACCUUUAGGUUCUUUGUUGACAGUUCAAAAUCCUGAUAUUAAAAUAAUAGCACCUUCCGAUACUUCCAUUUAUUCUCAAUCUGAUACAGGAACGAUUUAUAGACCUGCUUCUGUUACUGCAUCGACUUAUGUUCCGACCGCAAAUUUAUCACGUGUGGCUGGUUAUAGAGUAGAAGGUAAAAGACCUCCGAGUGAAAGAAGUGAAAAAGUUACAAAAGAAAAAGAAUUAUUAUAUCCUAUUCCUUCUAUACCACUACCACGUCAAGUCGAUUUUACGAAUUCGACUCUGAUGGAUGAAUAUCAUCAUGGUAAUGAAGAAAUAGCAAGAGGAAGAAAUCAACAAGGAAGAAGUUUGAUACCUCAGUUAGAACUUAAUUUACCAAAAGGUUCUCUGAUGCGAACGGAGGAGAAAGUUACAGAUCCUCACGCUUCCAGUGUGUUCGAAUUUGAUAAUUCAAGAUCUAGUUUAGCACCAACUAUGACAACUAUCAAUAGGGCGGAAAGAAAUACAAGAGAUUGGUAUGAUCGUGAUACUUUGUUUGGUGGUUCCGGGCAGAACGUUUUGUCACCGGGACAGGCAGCGGUCGGAGGGGCUGGAGGGGCUGGGGAGGGUGGAGGGGUUGGAGGAAAUGGUGGGGGAAGGUAUGAUGGUGGAUCGAGUGUGUAUGGAGGGAUGGAGAGGAAGAAAAGUGUUAGAUGGGAUGAACCUAGAGCGUUGUAG